UUGACACAAGAGAUAUCAACUCAGAAACAUGACGGAAAUAGCUCCGGCGGCUGUCAAAACCUCGGCAAAAAUCUCCAUGAAGAAGUCCACUUCCCGGACGAAGAAGGAUGGACCCAGCAUCUCCAAACUCAUCGUGGACGCCGUGGCCGACUCCAAGGAACGUAAAGGGGUUUCUCUGGCGGCGCUCAAGAAACUCCUGGCCAGGAAUGGCGUAGAUGUGACCAAGUCCAACAAGCGCAUCAACAGCGCUAUUACCAAGCUAGUGACAAGCGGAAGCCUGAGCCGGACUAGAGGGACUGGCGCAUCCGGGUCCUUCAAGAUAGCUAAGGCUAAGAAGAAGCCCAGAACAGCGAGGAAGGCAACUCCGAAGAAGAAGAAGUCUCCCGCCAAGGCAAAGAGACCAGCCGCCAAGAAGUCACCGAAAAAGUCACCGGCGAAGAAGCCAGCCAGGAGGUCUCCGAAGAAGGGAUCGGCAAAGAAACCAGCCAAAAGGGCAAGAGGGGGCCCUAAAAAGGUCGCCAAAAGGAGCCCUAAAAAGAGCCCCAAAAAGAGUCCCAGAAAGGCCUCAGCUCGGAGGCCGAAGCCGGCUAAGAGACCGGCGGCCAAGAAAAGGCGGGCACAAAAGCGCCCAGCUAAAAAGGCUCGGAGGAGCUACUGGUAAACACCUGCCUCUCCCACUGCGCA